AAGGCCCUGCGAUCAUUGGGGCUUGCGAGAGGCUGAUUGUUUUAGAUUGAGGUUGAGAUGGCGACUGUUCGCGGGGUACCGCAGCAAGACUUCGACAUGGGGCAAAUCGUCCAGGAAGCUUGCGCCCGAUGGCUCAAACCACCCGAAGUUUGUGACAUACUUCGCAAUUAUCAGAGAUACGGUUUCGAUCUCAACCCCGUUCCUCCUAGCAGGCCUGCCAGUGGAUCCUUGCACUUGUUUGAUCGCAAGGCUUUGAAAUACUUUCAGAAGGAUGGCCACAACUGGAGGAAAAAGAAAGACGGCAAGGCUGUUCGCGAGGCUCACGAGCAGAAGUCUGGGAGCAUUGACGUGCUGCAUUGUUACUGCGCCCGUGGAGAGGAGGAUCCGAAUUUUCAACGGAGCUACUGGAUGCUGGAAGGGUACAUAGAGCUCUCUACAAAAAAACAAAGAAAAGAAAAAAACGAGAGAUGGAAAUCCUUCUCACUUGUAUUAUCAUGACUUGUAUGUAGUGCUUAUGAACACAUUGUUCUUGUUCAGUACCUUCAAGUACACCAGGGUCGUAAAUCUGCAUAUAGAGCUCCAGAGUAUCUGAAACCUCACGCAGAGUCACCCUCAAUAUUAUCCUCGGAGCAUGGCGAUUCAAGUGACGAUGUUGAGCAACUCUCCUCAAAGUAUUCGAUUUUGCCGGAAACUCAGGGGAGUUUCUUUCAGUCCGAUAUUGAUCUUAACGACCUCUUAGACCGUCCAGACAUGUUCCUCGGCCAGAAGGCGCUCACUCCUGCCGUGAGCUUGGACAUGAGCGGAUGGAAAGAAGUUCUGCGAAGCUAUCUAGAGAAUCCAACGAAUGGCCCCGUCAAGCCAGAGGACGAGACGUUAGAGCAGCGUACUACCAGGGAUGCAUUCCUGGAACAAGCCUCGCCCAUGAAGUUUGAGGAUGGAAUGUUCAAGUUAUCACCAAGAGCGAGUUUAAGUCCUAAAGCGAUCAUGGAAGUCCUAUCUCCUCGGGGUCUGGGUCGCCAACCUCAGACACAUUUCGAGGCUCAGCUGCGUGCUGCCACCGCUGAGAACGUCAUGAAAACAGCACAAAGCCUCUCUCCGACAAAACGUGUUUCCUCUCCUCCGCCUGCGCAGAACGUCCUUGUGGAUAUGGGGCGUGCUUCUCAACAGCUUGUCAAACAGGAGGGCAGAAUCAAGCAACUGGCUAGUUUUGGACGAUGGGCGCUCGAGCCCGCGCCCGCGAGCUCGAGCUCUGUUUGGCUCCUUCCAACGAAGAAACCAAGGUUCUCGUCUCCGGGACCACUGGACGUGGGUAAGUGAGGCACCACGAGGUCGUUUGAUAAACAAACAAGCCUGGCUGCGAGAUUGGUGAUGUGGGACUGCCAAAGGCGUGUAGUGUUUUAAUUUAAGAAAAUCUAAAACAGUUUAGUUCAAA